AAUAGCCAAAUACUGGUUUUUUCAAUCGUAUGAUCAUCAAACCAAACAACCUCAUUAUUCAUGCAGAAUACGAAAGAGAGAAAUAGAGAGAGAAAGUGUAUGAAGAUGACCAAUUAAUAACCCUUCUUCAUUUUUUGAUUCGAUUUUUGGCUGGCCAAUCGCCUCAAUCCAGAUAAAUUUGUUUUUUUUCGUUGAUAUAAAAACGAAAAAAUUUUUUCUUGUGAUUCAGCAAUAGAUUCAGCAUCUCAUCCAUCUCGUUGUUCAAAGCUUCAUAUUUUUCAAAUUUUUUUUUUAAAUCUUGACCACAAUGUUCCUCAAAUUGUUGAUUUUUGCUUUAAUCCUAAUUGCCAAUUCAUUUGGUCAACUAGUUGGUCGUAAUGUUGGCGAACAGCCACAUUGGUCGGUGAAUAAUAUUCAAUUUUCCAAUAAUUUCCAUUCUAGAAGACCUAGAAUUCAUUCUGCUUUACGUGUUCCAAGAUUUCCGUUGAUUGAAUCAAAUAGAAUGCCAAUGUUAUCACGUUAUCUACGAGAACGACAAAAUCAACGCGAAUUAUCGGCCAAUCUAAUGUCAUCAUUUGGAUCACGUGUUGUAAAUAAUAAUAAUUUCGAAUGAAGUGAACACAAAAAAAUGUAUGAAAUGUUUCUAUUUUUAUUUCGAUUUAU